AGCCCAGGAAGCACGGAACACGAGGCAGGAAGGACUGUCCUGGAAGGGCCGCUGAGGCUUUGCCAGUCACUGUCCACUCGGGGCCUCGUUGGCUUUCGGUGAAAUGGGAUGAAAAUCCUGCUCCACUUGCGGCGCAGGCUCUCCAAGCACACAGAGCGGCCGCGGCGGAGCCAUCGCUGUGCGGGCUGAGCACCGGCUGGUGGAGGGCCCCUCGGGACGGAGGAGGCUGGAGGCGGGGACACUGUUGUGGGACAGGAGCAGGAUGGGCUCGGAGGGCAGCUCAAGCAGUGACCAGCACCAGACCCUCCUGCUGACCCCACACUGUCCUGGUCACUGUCACUCAGGAACCGGCAGGUGCACGGACUGGUGCUGCCUCUCAUGCUGCCCAGCUUCUACUCGGAGCUCUUCACGCUCUACCUGCUGCUUCACGAGCGAGAGGACCGUCGCUACAGCCAGGGCAUCGCCAGCCUGAGCCUCUUCCCCGACACCCAGCUGCUGGAGCACCUGGAUGUGCAGAGGCAACUGUGGCCCCGCGAGGACCUCACGCUGACGACCAAUCAGAGACACUCCCUGGUGUCUGCCACCGAGUGUCUGCAGAAGAUCAUCAUCACAGUGGACCCCCGGGAGAAGCAGGAGGCGCUGGAGCGGACAUACGAAGAGAUCGAGGCCACGGUGUCCCAGGCGCUGGGCCAGGAGCACAAGCUGCCCAUGGACGACCUGCUGCCGCUGCUCAUCUACGUGGUGUCGCGCGCCCGAAUCCAGCACCUGGGAGCCGAGCUCCACCUGACCCGGGACAUGAUGGACCCCAACCACACGGGCGGCCGGUAUGACUUCCUGCUCACGGCCCUCGAGUCCUGUUACCAGCACAUCCAGAGGGACGGGACGACACGCAUCGACUGCCCACCGGCCGGGACUCCAGGGAGCCCUGGUAGCUCGGCCUCCCCUGGACCAGGCGUAGUGCCGAGCAGGCCGCGUGGACUCCCGGGCUGCGAGCAGGCCCAGACAGGGCCCUGUCCCAGCUCAGAUUCCCCAGGACCUCCCACCCGCCUCGCGGGCCUUGCCCAGUACGCGCUGAACUGA